UUCGGAGGAGUACGGCCGUCUCAGGACCUGAAAUUUGGGGCUGCAGAGAUUCCCGCUGCUGCUACAAAGGCAAAGAGCAAACGGGCGAUGGAUUCCGAGCCGGAAGCGGAGGAGGACGAUGAGGAGGAGUAUGGCGACAGUGCAGAUGAGACACAAGGCAAGGCGGCUAUUACGGGCGGAGCAGAGGCGACGGAGGAGGUGGGUGAGCAGGAGGAGGAAGAUGAGGAAUACGAAGGGGAAUACGAUGAGGACGAGUACGACGAGGAAGAAGAGGAAGAAGAAGACGAGAGCGGUGAGGAGGGUGAGGAGGAGGUCGUCGACGACGAGGAGUGGGAAGAGGGAGAUGGCGAAACAGGGGACGGCGAUGACGAGGAAGAGGGCUUGAGUGCUGUCGAGGAAGAGGAAGAAGACGAGGGGUAAUGCGAUGCCGAGGUACGGAAGCGGGGAAACCUCCGGCGAAAUGCUGAAACUCCGUUGGUUGACAUGCGCCCUGAGAAGAACAGCGAUUGAGCUCUCUAGUUUCUGAGCAACCCGUAUUCGGACGGUGUCGUCUUCAUUGACGUGCUCGUGUGUGGGUGCUGUCGACCCUCGGCAAUCUGGUGUAUCCUUCCUCCUUUUUGAUGGGGUGGGGGGUCAUCCCGAGGGGAAGC